GGCGUCUUCUGGGACCUGUCAUGUCCCAGAAGACGCCGGGCCAUUCACAAAAUGCAGCGCUUCUCGCACAUGCGCAGUGGUCACCCGGCAGUCACCAUCCGGGUGCCCACACUAAAGAUGCCGGUGCGGGAAGACUGUACAGUGCUGGACCGAGGAACAGGUAAGAUGACUGCUGACCUUUGGGGAGGGAGGGGGAGCGGGUACCUGAAUUUGACAGGUACCCGCUCUUACUUCCGCAGAGUUUUUUUUUUAUCUUACCUGUUCCUUUAUCCAGCCGCGCGCUGUCUUCCCGGCUUCUGUAGUGUGGGAGCUUGUCGGACAGCCGGAUGCCCAGUG